AUGCCAAGCUUCGCAAGGCUGCCGCCAUCCGGCAUCAAGGUCAUCAUCGUUGGUGCAGGUUUCGCCGGUUUAUGCGCUGCCAUCGAAUGUGAUCGAAAGGGACAUUCAGUGAUAUUGCUGGAGAAGGUCAAAGAACUCAAGCCUCUCGGAGACGUCAUCAGCUUCUCGUCAAAUUCUGGUCAUAUCUUUGAACGAUGGGAAGGUGUUGUAGAACAGCUUGACCCUAUCACGCACAAAAGUACUGGCCUCGACUUCCAUGAUUGGAUGGGCAAUUUCGCUACCAGACAGGAAUGGGAUGUUGAAAAGCAAUGGGGUAGACGCAUCAACGGGCACAGAGGUCAAAUACAUGACGUGGUAUACCGCCAUGCCAAAGAUCGAGGGAUCGAGAUUCGACUUGGUCAACAAGUCACCGACUAUUUUGAGACCGACACAGAAGCAGGAGUUGUUUCGAAUGGUGAAAGGCUGGUUGCGGAUUGUGUUCUUGCUGCAGAAGGUGUCAAAUCUGCCGGAAGAAAAAUCGUGCUGGGUUUCGAGGAUCCGCCAAAGCCCUCAGGUUAUGCAGUUUAUAGGUCCUGGUUCAACUCGGAUGACCUCGCCAAAAACCCUAGGACAAAACACCUCGUGGUCAAUGGCGACACACACACCGGUUGGAUCGGAGAAGACAAGCACUUCCUGGCAGCAUCGGUCAAGAACGGAACCGAGUUCAGCUGGGUAUUAACGCAUAAAGACGAGGCUGAUAUUGAUGAAGACUGGCAAUUCCCAGGAGACAAGGAAGAAGUCAAGAAGCACUUGCAAGGAUGGGCUCCGAUAGUUCAUGAUAUCGUCGACGCCACUCCCCCAGACCGACUCUUCGACUAUAAGCUGGUUUUCCGGGAUCCUCUGCCGACCUUCCUUUCGCCGAAAGCUCGAAUCGCACUUAUUGGUGACGCCGCACACCCGUUCCUGCCAACGUCAAUUCAAGGUGCUAGUCAGUCUAUGGAAGACGGGGUGACGUUAGCGAUCACGCUGGAGAAAGCUGGCAAGCAAGACGUUCAACUUGGUCUUCGAGGAUAUGAAGCUAUCCGGUACGGACGCGUCCACAGGGCUCAGCAGACCGGUAUCACGACGCGCGAGCAAUGGCACAAGGCUGACUGGGACAAGAUUUGGAAAGAUCCCAAAUCACUGCACCUUAAGAGAGAGACAUGGUUGUUGGACUUUGAUGCUGAGCCUCAUGCUUAUGAAGUGGUCGAUGAUGUUCUGAAGAAUUUGAGACAAGGCAAGGAAGUCAAGACCAAUGGGGUAUCAGAGCCAGCGGACAAGAAUAGGCUGGGUACGGCCAUAGCCCAAGAAGUUGACCAACUAGCAUGA